AUGGGUCGGACCGUCGACCAGGAAGUUCACGCGGCGUUUGUCGAGUUCCGCGCUAAGGAGGACGAUAAGUGUCUCUCCGUUCAGUGCAUCUACUGCCAACAGAUCCGCGCAAAAAACACAUCGCGCCAGAAGCAGCACUUGCUUGAGUGCCCUGGUCUUCGUGGCGCCCAGGCUCAGGCUCAAACACAGCCCGCUCAGCCAACGCCAAAUGGUAUCGGCGCUGCGAAUGGAUACCCCCCCAAUCCUAAUGCUCCAGCUCCAGCUGCACCGGGCCCUGCACCGAGCCAUCCCGGUCUCUCAACACCUGGCGGCGCCAUGAUGUCGAAUGGUGUCAAUCCUCAUGCGACUCCCAUGCAGACGCCCCUUCAGAACCUAUCUGGACGCCCCUCGUUGCCAGCUUCCGGCCCCGUCGCUGGCCCCUCUGCUCCCGCGCCGCAGCAGGCCGCUCGCACGACCCCGAAAGCGAAGCCAAAGACGUCGACUUCAAGUCUCCCUGCCCCUCCCCUCGACGAUGUCCAUGCUGCGUUCGUUGAGUUCCGCGCAAAGGAGGAAGAUAAGUGUCUCUCCGUGCAGUGCAUUUACUGCCAACAGGUACGCGCAAAGAAUACCAGUCGACAGCGCCAGCAUCUCCUGGAAUGCCCUACCUACCUUAGUGUUAUGAAAGACUCGAUCCCCGCGAACAACCUCCUCCACACAUUUCCCGAAGGCGAAGUCGCGCGGUCACUCCAGAUACCUGCUCCUAGCCUCGAGCUGGAUUUCCGCUUGAGCCUCAAGGUGAAUCCGAAGGUUGGCGUUGGCCCUGGUAUCUGGGGUACAAGAGACUGGGUCACGUUCGUUGGUGGCCAGUGGGCUGGAAGAUGGGGUAAAGGAGUAGUUGUGCCCGGUGGACAAGACUCCCAAGUUAUGACCAAGGAUUCCACAAGCCUCCGAGCAAACUUCCUGCUACAGACAGCAGACGAUCCCCCGGCGUUCAUCGUCGUUAAAACCACUGGAUGGUUGACAGGCGCGAGGGAUGUGUUGGACAAGCUUGGCGAUUCUGCAAUGGCGGAUGGGAUAAACCCUAAUUCAUACAAGUAUCGUGUGAACCUCACAAUGGAGACUGGCGAUGACCGCUAUACUUUCCUGAAUACAUUGAUGUGGAUUGCCAGCGGCUGCCGCAGGGGCCAAGAAAUCAUCUUUGAUUCCUUCCGCGUCAACUAA